AUGGCCGCCCCAAUGCGCAGGAUAACGCGCGCCCCGCGGGCAAUCGACGCCUCGGCCGCGUUCCAGUCGACAGUGCGCCAACGGACGGCCUCGCCCUUGUGCACACGGCGCGCCUUCUCAUCGACUCCCGCACCCGCGUUCCUCCUGCCCGCCGGCAAGCAGGACAAGAAGAAGCACCAGCAGUUUGUGCGACGAUGGCAGAAGCGACUUCUGGGCGAAUCCGAGCCGAUUGGAGCCCACGUCGACCCCUACGACCCGACGUCGCCGGUACGGAUCGCGCCUGAGGACCAGGGCGAGGAGCUGGAGGUGCUCGAGGAGGAGGCGGCGCCGUCGUUUCCCGCGUACCGGAAGGCCAAGCACGGGCACAAGCUCAAGCACGUCGGCGGCGAGGCGUGGCUGGCGCGCAAGGACGAGGGCGACAUGGCGCGCGAGUUUGAGAAGCUGACGCUGCGCACGUACACGCCGCUGAGUCUGGCCAUGGCGGACCAGAUUGAGGAGUGGACCGGCACGCCGUACACGCUGCGCGACGAGAAUCUGCUGAUGGCGCAGACGGUUCAUCACGUGACGGGCCGACCGUACACCGAGUUCAACUUCGGCGUCAACAAGCGCACCUCCGACCCCAUCAAGCUGCGCAAGGCGUUUGCACAGGCCGUCGCCGAGGUCUACACGCUGCAGCAGGCCGGGCUCGACCUCGACCUGAGCAAGCUGCCCAACCAGGGCGUCUACAGGCGCCCGAGCUGGGUCAAGCACGUGAAGCUGCACCACACGCCCUCGGGCGAGCUCGCGCUGGCUUUUCCCGCGCACCGGAGCGCCGAGGACCUGCUCAAGCUCAUCCAGGCGACGCCCGAGUGGGAUGCCGCCGAGCCGCUGGAGGUCGACGAGCCGCUGGAGGUCGACGAGCUGCUCGUCGUCGACGCCGCGCCCGACGCCGUGCCCGUCAUGGACCCCGCGACGCCCGAGUUCAAGCGCGCCGCCGUCGUCAAGCAGGAUUCGGCCAAAGUGUUCGACUUCAUGUCCAACCGCCCCGUUCCCCGCGCGAAGCCUGUCGAGACGCCCGCUGAGGCCGUCGUCGAGCAGGCCGUCGAGGAAGUCGUCUUGGUUGCAGACAAGGUCCCGGUACAGCCCACACACGCUCCCUCCGCGCCCGCGCCCUCACGCCACGCCGACCUCGAGUCCCGCGCCCAGUCUCUGACCGACGCCAUCACCGCCCUGCGCAGCGAAGCCCGUCUGGACGCCGAAAACGCCGCCGCCCAGGUCAAUGAGGUCAUGUGGCGCCACGUGCCCCUGACCGACAACGCCGUCAAGUUCGCCCUGUUCAAGCGCCUGCUCCAGCUCACCGGCGCCCGCAUCCCUGACCCCCAGCUCACCUCGGCCCGCACCCUGGGCGACCUGUACAGCAACCUGCGCACCGCCGCCAAGCCCGCGCCCACCUCGCUCUUCAGCACGCUGCACGUCGAGGGCCAGAUACUGCGCGAGCGCGCCAAGACGCAGGUUCUCCCCUCGGCCGCCGCGGCCAAGAAGCGCGCCGACCUCGGUGACCUGCUGAUGCUGGGCAACGUCGAGCUCAGGCGCAGCAAGCCCACCAAGACGGAGAAGCGGACCAGCACCGGUCUGGAGAAGGUGGUGCAGUACGCGCUGUGGGAGAGGGGUUUGGACUCCAAGAGCCGCGGAAGGGUGCACCGCAGGCGGGAGAGAAGUGUUCCCGUUGGCGCGCCGUUGAGCGAGCAGAGCGCAAAGUUCCUUGUCGAGAGGUCGUCCGCGGCGUAG